GAGAGAAUGAGAGAGAGAGAGAGAGUCUAUGUCAAUGCACGUGUGCCAGUGAAUACAGCUGCCACACAGGGGGAAGGAUAUCACACUUUAAAACCUCCAAAAGAAAGAUUCAACUAUAAAAAGAAUCAACCUCUACUGGAACAGCACAACUUGUGAAAAAAUGAGACUGUCAACACCAAUGUGACUUCUUUGGAGAGUGGUGUCUGGCGGAGUUGUGUGGAGCAGGAAGAGAUACUGAAUCUUGGCUUCACCAUUGGCUCGUUCCUCUUGAGCGCAGCCACUUUGCCCCUGGGGAUCUUGAUGGAUAAAUACGGGCCACGCCCACUAAGGCUCAUUGGCAGUUUGUGUUUUGCGGCUUCCUGUGCAAUCAUAGCUGCCGCUGCAUAUGACCCUGAAGUGCUGUCUGUCCUCAUCUUCCUUGCUGUUUCUUUCAACGGCUUUGGAGGAAUCUGCCUGACCUUCACCUCACUCACACUGCCUAACAUGUUUGGGAAUGUUCGAUCAACCAUCCUUUCCCUGAUGAUUGGCUCCUACGCUUCGUCAGCCGUCACCUUCCCUGGUGUCAAGCUGAUUUACGACCUUGGCGUGUCGUUCCGGGUCAUCAUGUGGGUUUGGUCCGGGAUGGCCUGCAUGGUCUUCCUCAACUGCUUCCUAAACUGGCCUGCUGAAUCCUUCCCUGCGCCCGAGGACAUUAGAUACACUAAAAAGGUGAAGCUGAGUGGGGUUGUGACAGAGGACAAGAUGACUGGUGACAGAUAUGUCACUCACAUGACCGUCGUGGAGGACACAAUGGGAGCCAAGCAGCCAGAACUCAGGCAGACAGACUGCCAGAGCACAACCCAGGGCGAAGUGCCGCUCUGUCAUUCUAUGUGCUCUCCCAUCAUCCUGUGGAGUCUCAUCACCAUGGCAAUGACCCAACUGAGGCUGAUCUUCUUCAUGGGUGCCAUGAACAAGAUGCUGGAGUUUCUGGUCACCCAUGGCGACCCUAACCCAUCAGAAGAGCUGCAGAAGGAGGUUGAGGAACAAGUUGGUUUCUACUCAUCUAUCUUCGGUUCAAUGCAGCUGCUAUGUCUAUUGACCUGUCCUCUGAUUGGCUACAUCAUGGACUGGAGGAUGAAGGAGUGUGAAGAGGAAAACGCAAACACACAAACAGAGAAGAGCCAAUCAGAUCCCCCAAAGAGAGACAGAAAGAUCCAGAAACUGACCAAUGCCAUGAGAGCUUUCAUCUUCACUAAUGUCCUGUUGGUCACCUUUGGAAUAAUUUCCAUGAUUGACAACAUGCCCUUACAGGUGGUGGCGUUUGUUCUGCAUACCAUAGUGAGAGGAUUUAUCCACUCCUGCUGUGGAGGGCUCUAUGCCGCUGUAUAUCCAGCCAACCACUUUGGGACACUGACAGGCAUGCAGUCAAUGAUCAGUGCUGCCUUCGCCUUGCUCCAGCAGCCACUCUUCAUACUGAUGCUGGGACACCUCAGUGGAGAUCCUUACUGGAUCAAUUUGGGCCUUCUCAUCUUCUCCCUGGCUGGCUUCCUGUUGCCGGGAUAUCUGUUCUAUCACCGUAGAAACCUGAUCAGGGAAAGAGCAGAGCAUGAUAGGCUGGCUGCCAGCCAAUUAGACAAAGAGAAUGCACCUCUAACCCAAUCGGAUAGUGGAACGGCUAAGAGCUAUGCCAAUGGGCGUGCAGCCAAUGGAUACACACCAAACGGACAACCUGUUUAAAAUGUUUGAUCAGAGUAAAACCAUCAAUUUAGCUCACAGUUUUUUGUAAUUACCGUUUAGUGGGUUGAAAACUCUGACAAAGCAAAAGCAACUAGCAAAAACAAAACAAGACGAGAUUGAACACUGAACAAAUGUAAUUUUUAUUUAAAACAAACAAAACACAUAGAUUAUAGCCCAGUGUCACAUAUGGGCAGGGUUUGCAUCAGAACAGGAAGUUCAAACCCUUCACUUUAGGAAAAUAGUCUUUGACUUUUCACUAAAUUCCAUCAUGUGAACACUUCAAAAUGGCACGACAGCAUAAAGGUUGUGGGCAUGAAUCUCAGCCCUGCUCCAUCCUGUGUGGAGUUUUACAUGUUAUUCUCCUGUUCAUGGUGGUUUGUUUUCCCCACAACCAUUCUAAAUUUUCCAUAAGUGAGAAUAUGUGUACAUGUGAUGGACCAGUGAACUGCAUACUGGGAAAGGCUCCAGUCCUCCAGCAACAAAGGAGCAUAAAAAUUCAAGGACCAUACCAGUCUUUCUGCACGUUUUAUCCUGUUUACUAUUAACCACAUACGGUAGCUCUACUACAGUAUUUCCAGCCAUUUUCCAAAGCAUAACUUUUAGAUUGUUGAAUGGGCUUGAAACUUGAUUGCAUUAAGAAAUCCAUCACUGUAAACAGCAAAAAUGCAGGCCAAUAGAGUAAUUAUAUCAGCAAGAUUGAGUAGCUUUUGAAACAAAUACAGAAAUACACAUUCUUCCUUUUACAAAUGGAAAGUUGAAUUCAUAAACAAUUACAAAGGUACUCAGAGAGCGCAGACUUCUGCCAAGGCCCAUAGUCCAGUCUAUGAAUCUGCACACCAUUCACUUUCUCAAAAAGUUUGUGACAAGUUCAUGCAGUUCUGAAAAUCCAAAAUUCCAGAUUACUCUGGAGAAUUCACAUCCCUGGUUGCUUAUUUCUUACACACCUGCUGUUUCUACAGUGGUGUUUGAGGUGGCUGUGUCGUUGUAUGUUUAGGAACAGUGCACCAUUCACACAAUAUGACGGGUUCACAAAUAUGCAAUGAAUUUUGUUAAUUUUCCCAUAGGAAAGUGAAAAAUCAUUUGUGUAUCCGCCCUGUGAUUCAGAUCUACUCCAACACUGUAUGGGUGCUUCCUUUGCUCAUUAUACACCCCUCCGCCAAGUUUCAUGAAAAACAAACCCCAAAACAGCACCUAAACACUUAAGGUGUGUUCACAUCAAACCCCAAAGCAAAUACCUCCAGAAGCUCCAGAUCUGCCCCCAGCUAUCUUCUGCAAAGCUGUCUGUGGGCCAGUAGCAGCUCUCAGCAGUCUUCCCCACACAAAUUACUUCCCAGGGGAUUAUUAAAGUAUUUCUGAUUCUGAUUCUGAACACAGAAAAAGCCCUGCAAUACGUGCACAUUUUUUAAAUUUACCUCUAUUCACGUUUUUGCUUUGACACCCCUUGACAAAUAACACACUUUGAUGAUUUUUUUUUUUAUUUGUUUUUGAAAACACAUUCAUGCAGUGUUUUGUUUUAUUUUAUAAAUUGAACAAAAAUAAAGACACAUUGUGGCAUGUGUAAAAGUUUGUGUAAAACUUUUGCUCAUGCCACAAUGGACUUUCGCAUACAACUGUACGUAAUCUCAUUGCACGAAAGAAAUUUCCUUGUUUUUGGGCAUCAACACACCAUUACACUCAGGGGUUUUGCCUCUAUAGCCUUAUCUGGCCUGUAGCUUCUGGUUACUAGAUGUUGGCUGCAUUUUUCUGUGUAAUGGAAAUCACUAAUUUACUGACUCUCCAAGUAUCCAAUGUCACCUGUGGACCUUUGUUGAACAGUGGCUACUUUAAGUUGUGAUGUUACAAAAAGGGGCCCAAAAUUUUUUAGCAACACUCUGUGCUUCCAUAUUUUGACAUAGUAAAUAUUAUAUACUAUAUACUUUAUUAUAAAGUAUAUUAUAACAGUUUCACUUGGUAGUUUUUACUCUUGAAAUAGUUACUUGCUAAAUGCAGCACACUAUAGUGAAAGCAACAAGCAACAUAAUAACCUGCAGGUAGCAUUGCAAAUUAUUACCCUAGUGGGUAAGGAGUAGUCAGAAUAGCUGAAUGUUGAAUUGAUACACACUUGAUGUCUGUAUGUUGAUUUGUUGGUAGCCGUUUUAUCUGUACAAAAACAGACAUUCAAGUUUUUUUAGCAGGAGUCAAUAUAUACAACUGAUAUUACCACCAGUGUUGUGCAAGUUCACACUUCACAAGCGCUAGCUCAUAGUUCAGUUCACACAGAUUAAAAUGAACUAGUUCACAUGAAUAUUUCACAAACUAGUUCCUUUACAAAAUGCUGUUAGUUCAGUUUGGGUGGAGGGACUUUGCGGCUGUUGGCCAGUGGUCUUACCUUUUGUUAAUGAUUUCUUGUGAUCAUCAUUCACUCGCAGAUAUUUCCCACUGGUCAGAUGCUUCAACUCGAGGCGUCGUUUCAAAUCUGUUGCCAAUGUAACGUUCUGACGUGUGCACAAUAUACUGCGUCUGAACUGUCAAUUGCACUAGCCGCCAUGCCGGCAUGAUGGUCGUCGUACAUCACAGCGCAUGAGCAAGAGUUGUGCUCAUUAGUUGACAAAUGUAUGAAUUCAGUUCACCGUAGAAACAUAAGCAACACUUAUAUAGUGUCUGAUUAUCCAAGUAGCUCACUGUUUUUGAGUUAAACUUUAAAUGUCCAUUUUGGUAACUGAAACAAAUGGGGAAGAUGCAGAAAUAUGUGAGCUCAGGUCAGGUUUAUGAGUUGCACUUGCACUAGUUUGGUGUAAUUCCUUCUGUAAAGGUGGAAAACAGAUCUAACUUACUAUUAUGAUUGAUGAAGAGAAUGAGAUAAAAAAUAAUAUGAAACCAGAUAAGUUCAUUUAACUCAAUUUUGUAAGUUGAAAAAACAUUAUUGCCACUAUUGAGCUUUACUCAUUUUAAGUGACGAUGACUUAAUUUUGUCAUUUUUAUUUGUAAUGUGAAAAUUUUUUUCUCUAACUUACAAAACUAAGUUAGUGUCACUUAAAAUAACCUAUAUAAAUGUCACUUAUUAAGUUGACACUAUUUCAAGCUAAUUUAAAGUUUGCUUCCAGCACUCAACUGUAGUUUAUAUUAUUUAGUAAUAAAGAGGUGCAUCCUGGUUUUUUGGUAAGUUUUUUGGUCAAUUUGGUAAGGUCGUUGUUCUUGCCGGGGGUGGUUCUUCUUUGCUGCUCUUGAUCUUGAAAUAGUUUCAUUGAAAUCACAGUCUAGGGAUAUUUUAACCAAUCACAGCUCUGUUCAGGCCAGUGUUUCUUAGGACAGAAGUGAGAAGGAGGAGAAGUUGAUGUUACAAAAAGUAACCUCAGUAUCAAAUGACAAAAUGUAAUUUUCCAAUCCCUAUUUUAGCCUGGGAGGUUACUGCAACAACAGUUCUUCCUCCUCUCCUCUCCUCUCCUCUCCUCUCCUCUCUUAAAACCUUUCUGAGAUUCUGUGCAGGCACAGAGCAACAAUAAAUUGAUAAAAUCUAGACUCUUAGGAAAAUGUAUGAGUUACAGUAAAGGAUUUCAUAUAAGAAAAAAGAAGUGUGUUGUAGAAAUAUUGUAGUUGCUAACAAAUAAGGCUGCUUUAUUUUACUGUUACACCUGAAUGCAGAGCCAGCACAUCACUGUGUAUUGCUUUGAACGGCUGCAGGCUGAGAGCACAACAUGGCUUUUAGGCAAAUCUGUACAGUGUUAAUAGAAAAAAUGUGACAACUGUUUAAUGGUAAGAUAUGUCCAGUGAUUACAUAAUGGUACGUAAAAUAGCUAAAAUGUGUUUUUGUAUGUGUGACAUGAUCCGCAUGCUUUGGACGUGCAUUGGGUUAACCCUUGCAGAGUUCAAUCUGCUGAGUGUUUAAAGGCACCAAACGCACAAAUAAAGAAAGCACAUUCUCCUGAUUGCUCAGCUGAUAGCAGCCACCUUAAAAUAUAAUGUAAUCCAACACAAUAACACUGAUACUUAAGUUAUUCUGACAAAACAUAUAGGAAAUAAUAGGCUUCAGAAAGGUAUUAUUUAUUGUUUAUCCAUUGUAUCGGAUUGCAUUACAAUGUACAGGUGCUGCUUUUAUUGUAUCCUACUGUGUGCUAUUAUUUCAUUGUCAUUAACAUCUUUAAAAAAUUGGAUCAGCAGGGAGAAUGUAAUUUAAAUGUAAAUACCUUUUCUCUUGAGAGCAUAAUAUAUUUUGUGUUACAUUUAUUUGGUUUCUGACUUGAUUUAAAAUGCCGCUUUGAUUUGUUGUGGAGAAAUAAAAAUCAUUAUAAACAUUGAA